CCAAUCCAAAUUUAUUUUUUUAGCCAAAUCCAAUCCAAAUUCAACCACAGAAAUUACAAAUAAAACCGAAAAGGAUUUCCUCGUGGGUGUUGUCCGACAAAAUUAAGGUCGGGAUUGGGGAAGGGCUCCUUUGUUGCGAGGGAAAGUACUGCUGGGGUUUUCGUAGGGAGAGAGAAUUAUGAGUGACUCUGCAAUUGCCGAGCAUGAGGUUGGUUAUGCAUCUGAAUCUCUUCCAGGAGAAGCACAACGCUGUCUGAAAAAACAGAAAUUGGAUGAGGAAAAUCAGAACCAACAUCAAAAAGGCAAACUCAUACCCUAUUAUGAUCCGGAUGAAUUGACAGAAGAAGAGUCUCAGAGGUACGGCAAACAGGUCCAAGAGAGCCAGGGCUUUGACGUUGAAAAAUUUGGGAGUAAGUGUCCGUUUGGGAUUAUUAUGCCAGUAGUGAACUUGCAGAAAGGUUCACUGUUGCAUCAGGAUGUCACCGUCUGUUCAAUCUUAGCCAUUCGCGCCUACAACAAUGACAAUGGUACAAACUACCAAUUUACGGAAGUCAUCAAAGUCAACACAUAUGUGUGCUCAGGGUUGAUGUGUUUUAUCACUUUCAAAGCCCAGCAUGCUGCUGCUGAGGGAGAUGAUUCUCCUAAAAUAUUUCAAGCCCGGGUGCAUCGUGGGAUAACUGAAAACAAAGUCAUGUUAUGUAGGCUGAAACCCAACUAGGGAGCAUCUAGCUGUUAACCUUAAGGUUACGGAAGAUGCGAUGAUGAGAGUAUGCUUAUGGAGAUGGAGAUUCACUAAGUAACUGUUAGGGUAAUGUAGAUUGUAAAAACCUUUAUUUUGUAAUUCGAUCAUGAUCGAGUUAGAACCUAAGAUCUAUGACCAUUUUAUGUUAACUGUAUAUCACUUGCAUUUUGCUGCUAAUUGUUGAGGGGGAUGAUAUUAAUGAGAUGUAUGCAAUCAGGUUCCAGGUGAAGAAAGAAAUAGGUGAUGAAGAACUAAUUAAUGCUUCAUGGGUUUAUUCACAAUAUAAUGCUUCAUGGGAACUGCUUUAAUGGUUUGUGCCGCUAAAUUGGUUAUGGGAUUUUGUUUCUCGUUGAAUCUUGAGAUUUUACUCCUCAAAUGUGCUGUAUUUCUCGAGUAUUGAUGCUACUAGAUGGUAACCUUUCC